AUGGUAACACAUUCGCGAGUAGCCGCUGUUACAGGUGCCAAUAAGGGCAUAGGUCUUGCAAUUGUCCGCAAUCUUGCAUUGCAGUAUCCCAAGUCCUCUCUUCAUUCUGGCGGCUUCCUCAUCUAUCUUACAGCACGCUCGGCUGAAAGAGGUGCCGAAGCAGUCAAUACUCUCAAUAAUGACCCACAACUGAAGCAGGCAAAAGUGCUUGCGCAGGAUGGUGGCGAUACCACGAUCACAUUCAAGGAACUCGAUAUCAGCAAGACUAAAAGCAUAAAAGAUUUUAGCAAAUUCCUGAAACAAGAACAUCCUGAUGGUCUAGAUAUCGUUAUCAACAACGCUGGUAUUGCAUUGCAAGGCUUCAGCAGUGACCUUGUGAAGGAGACUGUCGAGACGAAUUACUAUGGCACGCUAGAAGCAACUCAGGAUCUACUGCCGAUGCUUAAAUCCGGCGGGCGGCUCGUCAAUGUCAGCAGUAUGGCUGGGAGCCUCAAGAAGUACUCGGAUGAAGUCCGCGAUGCUUUCCUCCAAGCAUCCAAGACCGAUGUGCCCGCCGUGACAGCCAUCAUGGAGAGAUUCAAGUCUGCGGUAGCAGAAGGCAAGGAGAAAGAAGCUGGGUUUCCCAGUGCGGGCUAUGCUGUUAGCAAAGCUGGCGAGACAGCUUUUACCAAAGUCCUCGCCAUGGAGGAGUCGAAGCGUGGUCGUAACAUUCUGAUCAAUGCGUGCUGUCCUGGCUAUGUCAAGACAGAUAUGACUAGAGGUGGAGGAGCUAAGACCCCAGACGAGGGAGCUCGGACGCCGGUCAUGUUGGCAUUAGACGAUAUCGGUGGAAGGACUGGUGGAUUCUGGCAGAGUGAGAAGGAGAUAGAGUGGUAG